CGCAUUUGCGAAGUUUCAAUGGGGAGACAAAGUGGCCGCAGCGGGAGAGAUAGCUCCUCUCGAAGCCGGAGAAGUCCUUUGCAUUCGGAAUCGGAAUCCGAAACCGCUUCUGAAUCCGCUCGCCGGCGUCGGAGGAGCUCCCCUUCCCGCCGGCGAAGCCGGGACCGCAGCUCCAAACGCUGCCGUGACGAAUAUUCCGAUGCUGGGUCGGAUCACGACCGCAGUGGGAAGUAUAAGAAGAAGUCUUCGGCGAGGGAGAUCACGGAGGAGGAGAUAGUGGAGUAUAUGGCCAAGAAAGCUCAGAAGAAGGCUUUGAUGGUGGCGAAGAAGCUAAAAAAUCAGCAGGUUCAUGGUUAUUCCAACGAUUCUAACCCCUUUGGUGAUUCCAAUCUGACUGAAAAGUUUGUGUGGCGUAAGAAGAUAGAGCGUGAUGUUGCCCAAGGGCAGCCUGUAGAAAUAUCUGUCAAGGCUGAAAAAAAGAGGCAAAGAGAAAGAAUGGAGGAGAUUGAAAAAGUAAAGAAGAGGAGAGAGGAAAGAGCACUUGAAAAGGCAAGACAUGAGGAAGAAAUGGCAUUGCUAGCAAGGGAACGUGCUAAGGCUGAAUUUGAGGACUGGGAGAAGAAAGAAGAGGAGUUUCACUUUGAUCAAAGCAAAGUCAGAUCAGAAAUUAGGCUACGGGAGGGCCGGACAAAACCCAUUGAUAUUCUAUCCAACAAUCUGAAUGGUUCCUUUGACUUGGAUAUUGAGAUAAAUGAACCGUACAUGGUUUUUAAGGGUUUGACUGUGAAAGAACUAGAAGAGCUCCACGAUGACAUCAAAAUGUAUCUGGAUUUGGACAGAGCGACUCCAACACAUAUUGAGUUUUGGGAGGCUCUAAUGACAGUUUGUAACUGGGAACUUGCUGAGGCUCGGAAAAGAGAAGCACUUGAUCGAGCUCGGGUUCGUGGCGAGGAACCUCCAGCUGAGAUUCUUGCUGAAGAAAGAGGGUUACAUUCUAGCAUUGAAACAGACGUAAAACUACUUCUGCAAGCAAAGUCAUCGAAUGAGUUAGAGGCAAUGCAUAGGCAAAUUGAGUCAGAAAUGCGUUCAGGCACUGCAAAAGUGGUGGAAUACUGGGAAGCUGUGCUGAAACGGCUUCAAAUAUAUAAGGCGAAGGCACGUUUGAAGGAAAUUCAUGCAAGUCUUUUAAGGAAGCAUCUUCAGCAUUUAGAACAGCCCAUGGAUACAAAACAAAACGAAGAAAUAGCUGAGAAGAUUGAUCUGGAUGAGGAAGAUACAAUUCAUCAUUUUGAGGAUGCUGAAGUCUACUCACCUGAACCUGUCGCGCAUGAGAAUAAAGAUGAACUUGAAGAAGAACCUGGUUCAUUUUCACCAGAGCUUUUGCAUGGUGAUGAAGACGAAGGUGCAAUUGAUCCUGAGGAGGAUCGUGCUGAGCUGGACCGAAAACGUGAAGCUGUUGUGGUGGAGCAGCAGAGAAGAAUACAAGAAGCAAUGGCAGCGAAGGCAGCUGCUCCUGAAGAAAGCAUGGAACUGAAAGCAAUGAAAGCAAUGGGAGCUAUGGAUGAAGGUGAUGCGGUAUUUGGCUCUGGAUCUGAAGUAAAUCUUGAUUCACAGGUGUACUGGUGGCAUGAUAAAUACCGUCCGAGGAAGCCAAAAUACUUCAAUCGGGUUCAUACAGGAUAUGAAUGGAACAAGUACAACCAGACACAUUAUGACCAUGACAACCCGCCACCGAAAAUUGUGCAAGGUUACAAAUUCAAUAUAUUUUAUCCUGAUCUUGUGGAUAAAUCCAAGGCUCCUUAUUACACUGUUGAGAAGGAUGGGAGCAAUGGCGAAACUUGCAUUAUCAGAUUCCAUGCGGGGCCUCCCUAUGAGGAUAUUGCAUUUCGGAUUGUUAACAAAGAGUGGGAGUACUCACACAAGAAGGGUUUCAAAUGCACAUUUGAGCGCGGUAUUCUGCAUGUAUAUUUCAACUUCAAACGCUACCGCUAUCGCAGGUGAUUCGCACAUCAUUCAAAAAUGCAAAAGCAGUCCCUUGGUACUCCCUGUUGGUUUCGCUUCAUAUGCUUCUCAAAUCUGGUGGUCUUUCUCUGCCAUAUUAUUGCUAAUGAUUGAGCACCAUACGCUAAUUUCAACAUUUCCAGGAAAAAUAUUUGACGGCACGAUCAUUGUGUAAAUUUGACUGUAAAAAUGUUCACUUAGCUGCGAGGUAUUUGCGUUGUUUAAAGUUCUGGCACUUUCUAGGCUUAUGCUGUCUGUGAUUUUAUAGUCAUAAUCAGAAGCGAAAUGUUGUUUGUAACUUGCUUCAUAGCUAAUUCUAUGCUGAUUUUAAAGCA